GCUCGCACGCACAUGCCGCUCCCCACAAAUCCUGCAAAACAAACACCACGCCCCGCCCGCGCGGCACCAACCCCAACCCCAGCAAGAACCCCCCCUGGCGCACGUUUCCCCAACCACGCGCAGCCGCAGCCGCUGCAGCUUCGACUCCUCUCCAAUCUCCACCACCACAAUCUCCUCAGAUCCAAACCCACACGCACUCUCCCCCGCUUCUGCUGGUUUUCCGCCAUGCCGCCGCCGAGGCUGCCGUGCCUGGCGGCGUUCCUGGCGCUGGCGCUGGUGGUGGUGGUGUGCGCGGCUGAGCCGGACGCGGACAGGGCGGCGCUGCUCGACUUCCUCGCGGGGCUGGGCGGCGGCAGGGGGCGCAUCAACUGGGCGUCGUCCCCGCGGGUCUGCGGCAACUGGACGGGGGUCACCUGCAGCGGCGACGGGUCGCGCGUCGUGGCGCUCCGCCUCCCGGGCCUCGGCCUCUCCGGCCCCGUGCCGCGGGGCACGCUCGGCAGGCUCACCGCGCUGCAGGUGCUCAGCCUCCGCGCCAACAGCCUCUCCGGCGAGUUCCCGGAGGAGCUCCUCUCACUCGCGUCGCUCACGGGGCUGCACCUCCAGCUCAACGCCUUCUCCGGCGCGCUCCCGCCGGAGCUCGCGCGGCUCCGGGCCCUGCAGGUGCUCGACCUCUCGUUCAACGGGUUCAAUGGCACCCUCCCCGCCGCGCUCUCCAACCUCACCCAGCUCGUCGCGCUCAACCUCUCCAACAACUCCCUCUCCGGCCGCGUCCCGGACCUCGGCCUCCCGGCGCUCCAGUUCUUGAAUCUGUCCAACAACCAUCUCGACGGCCCCGUGCCCACCUCGUUGCUGAGGUUCAACGACACCGCGUUCGCCGGGAACAACGUGACGCGGCCGGCGUCGGCGUCGCCAGCGGGGACGCCGCCCUCGGGGUCUCCUGCGGCGGCCGGCGCGCCGGCGAAGAGGCGGGUGCGGCUCAGCCAGGCGGCCAUCCUCGCCAUUGUCGUCGGCGGGUGCGUCGCGGUGUCCGCGGUCAUCGCCGUCUUCCUGAUUGCGUUCUGCAACAGGAGCGGCGGCGGCGGCGACGAGGAGGUGAGCCGCGUCGUGUCCGGCAAGAGCGGGGAGAAGAAGGGGAGGGAGUCGCCGGAGUCCAAGGCGGUGAUAGGCAAGGCCGGGGACGGGAACCGGAUCGUGUUCUUCGAGGGCCCGGCAUUGGCGUUCGAUUUGGAGGACCUGCUCCGCGCUUCCGCCGAGGUUCUUGGGAAGGGCGCGUUCGGCACGGCGUACCGGGCGGUGCUGGAGGACGCCACCACGGUGGUGGUGAAGAGGCUCAAGGAGGUGAGCGCCGGGCGCCGCGACUUCGAGCAGCAGAUGGAGCUCGUCGGCCGGAUUCGGCAUGCCAAUGUGGCGGAGCUCCGGGCAUACUACUACUCCAAGGACGAGAAGCUGCUUGUCUACGAUUUCUAUAGCCGGGGAAGCGUAUCCAACAUGCUUCACGGAAAGAGAGGGGAGGACAGAACACCUUUGAACUGGGAAACCAGGGUAAGGAUAGCCCUGGGAGCAGCAAGAGGGAUUGCACACAUUCACACUGAGAACAAUGGGAAAUUUGUUCACGGCAACAUCAAGGCCUCAAAUGUCUUCCUGAACAACCAGCAAUAUGGCUGUGUCUCCGACCUCGGCUUGGCAUCGCUGAUGAACCCAAUCACCGCAAGGUCCCGUUCUCUGGGAUAUUGUGCACCAGAGGUCACAGAUUCGAGGAAAGCAUCGCAAUGUUCAGAUGUCUACAGCUUUGGUGUCUUCAUACUUGAGCUCCUGACCGGGAGAUCACCUGUUCAGAUCACUGGUGGGGGCAAUGAGGUUGUUCACCUUGUCAGAUGGGUGCAAUCUGUUGUCCGGGAGGAGUGGACUGCCGAGGUGUUUGACGUCGAGCUGAUGAGGUACCCCAACAUCGAGGAGGAGAUGGUGGAGAUGCUCCAGAUCGCCAUGGCAUGCGUCUCAAGGACCCCAGAACGGCGGCCUAAGAUGUCGGACGUGGUGAGGAUGCUUGAAGAUGUGCGGAGGACCGAUACCGGGACGCGGACCUCGACGGAGGCAUCCACUCCGGUGGUGGAUGUUCAGAACAAGGCAGAGAGCUCAUCUGCCGCUCACUGAACCUCACUCGUUGGAAGCUGCCCCCUAGUUUAUCAUGUUGUUUGUCUUACCAGGUAGGGAACUAGGGGAAUGAAUCCUGUGUUUUGACAGUACUGCUUGCCUGCAUGAUGAUGAUUCUUUUGUCGUAAGAGAUUACAUGUUACAAAAUUGUAACGCCUUGUGGACAGAGCUUGCUUAUUCAGCAUUUGCUCACUGCUGAUCUGUAAGCAAAGAACAGCACCUGCUCUCUGAAUUAUUCUUGGAUAGUAUUAUUAACUUCUUCAA